CUCCUUCUUCCCUUACUCUCUCUCUCACUCAGAUCUCGUGGAAUGCUUAUGGAGAUGCAAUGAGGAACUAACUGUGAUUCUCUUCGGAUAUGGAUUUGUUCUGCGGAGAGUGUUCCUCCGGUGAAUCAACAACAGCUGAGUUCUCAUCUGAAGAGGUUGAAUCAUGGCCUGAUGAUUCAAUCGCGAGCUGUAUAGAGGACGAGAGACACUUUGUUCCAGGACUUGACUAUCUCUCUAGGUUCCACUCUCAAUCUCUCGAUGCUUCCGCUAGAGAAGACUCUGUCACAUGGAUACUUAAGGUACAAGCGUAUUACAACUUUCAGCCUUUGACGGCGUACCUCGCCGUUAACUAUAUGGAUCGGUUUCUCUACGCUCGCCGAUUACCGGAAACAAGUGGUUGGCCAAUGCAACUUUUAGCAGUGGCAUGCUUGUCUUUAGCUGCAAAAAUGGAGGAAGUUCUUGUUCCUUGUCUUUUUGAUUUUCAGGUUGAAGGAGUGAAGUAUAUAUUCGAAGCAAAGACGAUAAAAAGAAUGGAACUUCUUGUUCUGGAUGUGUUAGAUUGGAGACUAAGAUCUGUUACACCGUUCAGCUUCCUAAGCUUCUUUGCUUACAAGAUCGAUCCUCUAGGAACCUCUCUCGGCUUCUUUCUCUCCCAUGCUACAGAGAUUAUUCUCUCCAACAUGAAAGAAGCAAGCUUUCUUGAGUACAGGCCAUCGAGCAUAGCUGCAGCUGCGAUUCUUUGUGUAGCCAACGAGCUACCUUCUCUAUCCUCUGCUGUAAAUCCCCACGAUAGCCCUGAGACUUGGUGUGACGGCCUAAGCAAAGAGAAGAUCGUGAGAUGCUACAAGCUAAUGAAAGCAAUGGCGAUAGAGAAUAAUCGGAGAAAUUCACCAAGAGUGAUAGCAAAGCUUAGAGUGAGCGUAAGAGCAGCAUCCACAUUGAUGAGGCCAAGUGAUGAAUCCUACUUCUCAUCGUCAUCAUCAUCUUUAUCUUCUCCAUCUAAAAGGAGGAAACUAAGUGACUACUCAUGGGUAGGUGAUGACAAAUCCAGCCCUGAAUAAACUCAGGGGGAGAAAGUAGAGUUAUAACAUUAAGUACAUAGUUAAAUAAUAAGUUGGGGGAUGGUAUUAAUUUUCUUUUAAAAAAAACACACACAAUUAGUGGGUGGUGAGAGUGUUUCCAUCCAAAGGGGAAGGAAUAAGAGUUUAAUGAAAGAGUGUUUGUUUACAACUUUUAUGGGAAGGUAAGAUUUGGGGGUUAGUUGGGAGAGACAAUGCUCAUCAUUAAUGACUUUGCAGAUUCCCAAUGAGAAGAAAGUAAGAAAAAAAAGUGAGUGAAUGUAGACGACACACGUGUGAGAAGAAGAUCAUGAGAGUGUGUGUGUGUGCAUGUGAGAGAGAAGGGCACAUGAUACAUUACAGUCACAGGUAGUAGUGGUGUUGAUAAGACGGGGAGCGUAUGAAAAAAAUAUAUAUUUUGAGUGAAAGUUUGAAGAUUUCAGACAGAGAGGGAAGCCUUUGUCUUAAUGGAUCGCAGCAGAUUGUGGGCCCUAAGCUCCUUUGCGAGUAUAUAAACUGUGUAUUUUGUUUUUGAUUCCUUUGUGUGCCGACUGCACGUGCCGGAGGCGUGUGUCGCACGUGUUUUUGUUUGUUUCUCUUCAAAUCUUUUAUUUUUGGCGGGAAGUUUUGUGUCUUGAUUUACCUUUUACUUGUACGUGCUCCGAAAUGGGUUUUUGAGCACGGUGUUUUUUUUUUCAUAUUAUAUGCAUGCGUGUAAAGCGUUACGUGUGUGUAUAUAAAUUUCAUUAUAACGAAAAAAUGUCUUCUGAGUUUCGAUAAAAAAAACAUGAUGAGCUAAAUAAUGAAGUAAGCAAUAAUGGUCUUCGCAGACAUUGUUAAUAGCGAGAAGGACGUGAGAGAUAAGAUAAUACGAGUGGUGUGGCCUUGUGGGGAGCAUAAGGCAUGUGAACCUGUGAGUUUGUGAAUCGAGCUAUGUGUUUUAUUGGAGGACGAACGUAUGAAGACAAAAGGUAUAUUUGAUUAAUAUAGGACCAAAAAAGGAAGAAGAUUAUUUGUUGUCUAUUGUCUAAAUAGUAAACUCCCUCGCAGUUUCCCCUUUAUAAAAUGUAAUCUAUACACAUUUUUUAGAUAAAGGCUCUCUAUAACAC